ACGGGACAGACAAACAGACGCCCCAACGUGCCUCUCGGUAUGUUCUGAUGGAUAAUGAUGCCACUGCAAAAGACCAAACACUAAUUACAGAUAGUUGAAGUGCUGCUCUUUCCACACAGACAGUUUAAACCUGAUUUGAGCCUAGUUAAAACUGUCCUCUUAGAGGUUAAAGGAGGAAACGCGUAAUAUCGCCUGUUGGGGAGGUCAAACUAGCUAUAGCAAUAAAACCAAAGAUCAAUUGGAUAAUAUCAAUGGAUCAUUUAAUAGUACUCCCACUUGAUGUGUUUGACAUGCAUAGUCAAAGAUGUAGAUUGGGACCUUUGCUUAUGUCCAGGCUUGGAGUUUCCCUGGGAAACUGUGUAAAAAUAUGGUGGAAGAACCAGUGUCACCUUAGCAUAGCAUGGCCCAGAGAGGACUGCCAUGAAAAAUUUCUACAAGUAGAUGGAUUUGUUACUUCAGUGCAACCUGAUGCUCAAGCUGAAAAAUUAAAUGAUAUGGAGAACAAUCAGAUAACAGUUUUUAAGCAUGUCAAACAAUUUUCUGCUGUUUAUUUAAAUGUUGUAAUGACUGAUUUAGAUUUUGUCCUAAAACUGAAUGAAAAUCCAAAUAUGAAAAAAGGAUAUCUUAUAUCCAAGUGUAGGUGUCUUCUCAACAAUUUGUAUGUGGCUGCAAAUUUCAAAGUCGACUUCACAGAGCAUACAUUGGGAAAGCUUUAUGGAAUAUCAUACAUUGAAAUUGCUACAGCUCUUCCAGAUAACUUAGAAGUUGGUAGAGUGCUAACAGUCACAGAUAUUGAAAUUAAAAAAGUGAUCAGCAAAAGACGAUAUGAUUAUUGCCAAAAAAGAACAUCAGACAUGUCUUCUAUUGGAGGCCUGGAACAAGAAGCUAAAAAGUUAAGGGAAAUAAUCAGCUUACCAUUUCAGUAUCAGCAACAAGUAGAAAAUGUCAGACUGGAACUACCAAAAGGGGUUCUACUGUCUGGUCCUCCAGGGACAGGUAAAACUUCUCUUGUGAGAGCCAUUUGCAGUGAAUAUGCUGUUGUUCUACUUCACAUCAAUGGACCGGAGCUCACUGGCCCAAGACCUGGAGAAAGUGAGGAAAAUUUACGUAAAUCUUUUAAAGAAGCUAUCAAUCUUAGCAAAGAAGGUCCUACUGUGUUAUUCAUUGAUGAAAUUGACUCCUUGUGUCCAAGGCAGAGCAAAUCUGGUCAGCAAGACGGAAGAAUGUUGGGUCAAUUGCUGACACUGAUGGAUGGUUUGCAAUCAAGAGAGAGGUUGGUGGUGCUUGCUGCCACUAAUAGAGCUUCUGCUGUAGACCCAUCUCUGCGAAGAUCCGGAAGGUUUGACCAGGAGUUUUUCAUUGGGAUUCCAUCAGAGAGCCAACGCAGACAAAUUCUGUCAGUUCACACCAAGAGUCUAUUGCUUGGUGAAUGUGUCAACUUGGAUAGGUUAGCAGAUAUGACAAAGGGCUAUGUGGGUGCUGACCUGGCUUGCAUUUGUAACGAAGCUGCAUACAGUUCAAUGGCCAGGUGUAAAUGUUUACUAAAAGUUGAAAGGAUCAAUCCUGAACCUGUUACAAUGUUGGAUUUUACUACAUCUAUCCAUAACAUCACCCCAAGCACACAGAAAGGUUCAGACAUAUUAGUUGACGGCAAGCCAGUACUUUGGGAGCAAAUAGGUGGUUUGCAGACUGUUAAAUUGCAGUUAAAGCAGUCUGUUGAAUGGCCACUCCAGCAUCCUGAGGCAUUUUCUCGGCUUGGUCUUCCAUUACCAAAAGGUGUCCUGUUGUAUGGGCCCCCAGGUUGCUCCAAGACUAUGCUGGUGAAAGCUGCAGCAACUGCCUGUGGCGCCACUUUUCUGUCAGUUAGUGGUGCUCAGCUGUAUUCACCAUUUGUGGGAGAUUCAGAAAAGGCCUUAUCAGAGGCAUUCAGCAGAGCAAGAAUGGGAGCCCCAUCAAUCUUGUUUCUGGAUGAGAUUGAUUCAAUAAUAGGCAAACGAUCAGAGUCCAGCACUAACCGCAGUGUUCAGGAAAGAGUGUUAUCUGUGCUGCUGAAUGAAAUGGAUGGUGUUGGUAUCAAAGUGGAGGAAAAGACCACCAGAUCUGGGGGAAAGGAAAGGCUGUUGGAGGGGGUCCCUUCCUGGUCACAAGCUGAAUUUAGUGAGGUUGAUAACAGCCAUGUGUUAGUUGUGGCUGCCACAAACAGACCUGACAUGCUGGAUGAGGCCCUCUUACGUCCAGGCCGUUUUGAUAGGAUCAUUUAUGUGCCUCCACCAGGACUUGAAGCAAGAGAAGAAAUAAUCAGAAUUCAUUCUCGACACAUGCCAAAAACUGAUGUAGAUGUGCGAUGGCUGGCUGAGCAAACUGCUGGGUUCACAGGGGCUGAUCUAGAGAAUUUGUGCAGAGAGGCAAGUCUUCAUGCAUUAAGUGAAAGAGGGCUGGAUGUAGAAGUAAUUACUCAGCAAGACUUUGCUGGAGUUUUGGCCAAUUUAAAACCUUCAGUAACUUCCUCACAGCUUGAACAAUAUAGCAUACUGAAUUGGAGAACGAAGACAAAUAAAGAAUAGUUGAGAUUUAUAACCACCAAUUGUUUUUCUCUUUUAUUACUGGAGU